AUGUUAAAAACUGUGAUUUUGUUUGCCUUGCCGUGGAUAGCAUAUGCUUACGAGAACGUUGCUUUACACAAAAAUGCUUGGCAGUUACAUCCAUACGAAAAUCCAUAUUAUCGGGACUUUGUGGACGCGACUAAUGCUGUUGAUGGACUCAAAACAAACCUGUCGUUCAUUGGAGGGCAAUGCACUCAAUCUAGAAAUUAUGAAUAUGAAGCCAUAUGGCGUGUUGACCUGGGAGCUGUUCUAGGCAUCAAUCAUAUCACUCUAUAUUAUAAAACAGAUAAUUUUUUGUGGGGUCCUGACAAUGGGUAUGCCCGCAGAUUCCUGGGGUUUUCUGUGUACGUAUCAAAUACAACAGAUAGAAAAGACGGAAUCCUCUGUUUCAAGGACGACUAUUUUACAAAGUACACUAUUCCAGCUGUGUUAACGUUGAACUGUACCCACCACGGUAGAUACGUCAUCUACUACAACAACAGGACAUCAAAGAAUCGUCCGCCCGACUACUCAUAUAAUGCUUGGAACGAACUGUGUGAAUUUGAAGUAUAUGGUUGUCCAGUUCCUGAUCACUAUGGCAAGAACUGCAACCAGACGUGUUCAUCUCGCUGUAAAGACAACAGAUGCCACAUAGAGACUGGAUAUUGUCUAGAUUGUGAAAAUGGUUAUUGGGGACCUUAUUGUAAAGAACAAUGUGAGUACAACACGUAUGGAGCCGGAUGUUUAGAGAAGUGUGGUCAAUGUCUAGGUGGAGAAAAAUGUAACUAUGUCAACGGAAUUUGCAAUAAUGGAUGUGAAGCCGGUUACUACAAUUUUAGCUGUAAAGCAGAAUGUCCACAUGGCCAAUAUGGAAGAAAUUGUUUACAAACCUGCAGUGAAAAUUGUCAUGUGUCCAAGACAUGUGACAAAAAGACCGGUGCCUGCUAUGGUGGUUGUAUUAAAGGAUGGAAAUUACCUCUGUGCAAUAAUGAAUGUGAUGACGGAACAUUUGGAACAAAUUGCAGUAAUGUAUGUGGUCACUGUUAUCAAGGGAAGCCAUGUGACAAGAAGACGGGGGUAUGUCCCCCAGUUUGUGACUCAGGAUACGAGGGACUCUACUGCAACCAAUCUAUAGAGAUAAACAGAGAUGAUUCAAACUCGGACCCAGGUCCUUCCUCUACGCCAUUAACUGAUGAAACUGAGUUUUCUCCCCUCACUGGGAAACUCAACUUGAGAGGUGUACAUACUGGUUUUGAAACACAUAAACAACAGUUUGUAAAUGAUAAAUUAGUUCAACCACCAGGAACACAGCAAGCAGUAGUGAAUCAGCCAACAAUUGCAACAAUGGAACAACCAAUGCAGACUGCCACUUCUCCCAUCUCAAAGACUUUUCCUGAAGAACACUCCUUUGGAGGAAAACAUAAUGUUUAUGAUAGUCAGUCAGAAAUCUUUGUUGCUGAAAUAGAAAAACUAAAAUUGGAAAUGGAGUACAUUAAACUUCUGACAAAGAAAGUCUCAUCAGAGAUUGAAAUCUUGGAGCUGAAAAAGAAAUCUUUGUCAGCAAACUGUACAGCUCUCUCUUCAUCCGAAAAACAGGGCAAUAACUGCAAGAAGCGGGCCUCAGAUCCUUUUGUUCAACCACCAGGAACGCAGCAAGCAGUAGUGAAUCAACCGAAGAUAGCAACAACGGAACAACCAAGGCAUGUUGCUACUCCUCCCACCUCAAAGACUUUUCAUGAAGAACACUCCUUUAGAGGAAAACACAAUGUUUAUGACAGUCAGUCAGAACUCUUUGUUGCUGAAAUAGAAAAACUGAAAUUGGAAAUGGAAUACAUCAAACUUCUGACGAAGAAAGUCUCAUCAGAGAUUGAAAUCUUGGAGCUGAAAAAGAAAUCUUUGUCAGCAAACUUUAAUGUUGCCCUUAACAAACCAGCAUACCAACAUCAUACACACAUAACACGUCACAAAAAAUUCGACGCCAGUAAUGCUGUAGAUGGGUAUAAAUCUGACGUCAGACCUUGGGGAGGUCAAUGUGCUGUAUCAGCUGAUGAGAAGGAAACCGCCACCUGGUGGGUGGACCUGACUAGAGUCCACAGCAUCCAUCAUAUCACCAUCCACUACAUGACCAACAAUAAAGAAUGGGGACCUUUUAAUUACUACGCCCGUCACUUUCUGGGGUUCUCUGUGUAUAUCUCCAACACACCGGAACUAUCACAGGGAAAGCUGUGUUUUAAGGACAGCAACUUUACAAUAAACACCAUCCCCGCUGUCUUCACCACAGCGUGUCUUUUACACGGGCGAUAUGUUAUCUACUACAACGAGAGACUAUCAAGAAUUGUCUACCCUAACAGUUAUUCUAAAUAUGCAAGAACCUACUUAUGUGAAGUAGAAGUAUUUGAUGGGUCUUCAUGCCGAAGUUACGAAACAUUAGAAUUAGACACCAGCACUUUGCAAGAAGAAACAAGAUUGGCUCGAACAGAUUUAGACCAAACGGAAGUUAAACGUCAUGUGACCACUGGUAAGGUCUAUGAAAAACUGCAGGUGAAGAAUUCGAUUGGUGAUAUGGGCACCUACCAACAGUUGUUGCUCGAUAUUCCGAUAGCUGAAAUAGGAUCAAUUAUAACAGAGAUGCAGAGAGACAAUGCUGAGGGGUUUAAACGGGAUUAUGCGUCCCUACCACAUGGCGAAAGAUCCCUAUGCGACGCAGGAAAAUUAUCCAUAAAUCGUCCGAAAAAUAGAUUUCAAAAAACACUUCCAUAUGACCACUCUAGAGUAAUCCUUAGACGGUACGUAGGAACAACUUGUGAUUACAUCAACGCCAACUACAUUAGUGGAGCCGAACGAAAUAAUGAAUACAUUGCUGCUCAAGGUCCAUUCGAAACAACUUUAUCUGAUUUCUGGGAGAUGGUAUGCCAGGACCAAAUUCAGCAGAUAAUCAUGUUGACAAAUCUAACAGAAGGAGAAAAGGUAAAAUGCUACAAAUACUGGCCAAAUAAUGGAAAAACAGAAAUCUAUGGAACAGUUUCUGUUGAAGUCAUUGAAGAAAAGGUGUACGCUCUCUUCACCAAGAGAAUAUUUAAAGUGUUUCAGCUAGGGAUGAAAUCAUACGUGGUAACACAAUUCCAUUAUACCACGUGGCGUGAUCACGAGAUCCCGGGUCCUCUGCGUUUGGUCAUAUUUCACAAUCACGUGGCUAAUGAAACUGUUCCUCAAGAAGUAUCUCCCACACUAGUUCAUUGCAGCACAGGAACUGGUUGCACGGGUACAUACAUAGCUCUUGACUAUCUUUACAAAACUGGAAAGAAGUCUGGCAGUGUAAAUGUAGCGGAAUAUGUAAAAACAAUGAGGGAAAACCGAAUGAACAUGGUUGAAACUCUUAAUCAAUAUGUGGCAGUGUUCCUUGCAUUGCAAGAAGCUUUUCAAGCUCAGCCUGCAUUGCAAUCAAAGGAACAGUUUUUGCAUAAAGUUACAUCAUUAAUGAAGAAAGGAAAUAUGGUUUCUGCUUCGCUAAAAGAGGAACACGAGAUUUUAAAGAAAUUGUGUUCAGCAUACACGGAUGACGGUUACAAGGCGGAAAAACAGCAAAUGGAAAAUUCUGGGAAAGAUGCAGUUUUACUUAUCAAUAAAUAUAGGCCUCAUGUGACAUCAACUGUUCUUGCCAGGGGGAGCUUUAUCGACGCUAUUGUUGCUUCCACAUAUACCAAGGACAACGGAUUCAUUAUUACACAGUACCCGUCACAUGACAACGUUGUUGAGUUUAUUCGUCUCAUAGUUGACUAUGAAUGCCGCACAGUCAUUUGCCUGGAUCCCCUACACCAUAUCAAAUCAGUCAAAGCAUGGAUGCCAUCGCCAUCAUCUGAAAUGGUCGUGUCUCCAUACAGAGUAGUCUGCAAUACCUGGAAAGAAACCGAUCUGAAGGUGUCAACUUUGAUUAUACACAAAGAGAUGGAAGAACCAUUCUGUAUUACGGUAGCUGAACCUAUAUACGAAUUUGGCUCAAAACUUCAGAACAAUGUGACAUGUCUUUGUAACUUGGUCUCAUUUGCCCUUAAUCGCCCAAGGAACAGUCCCAUAGCUGUUAUAAGCAUGGAUGGUGCCUCAAUGUGUGGUGUCUUUUGUGCUGUGUUUAACGCCAUACAACAAAUCACUAUGGAUGACAGCAUUGACGUGUUUACAACAGUCAGACAACUACAGACAAGGAGACAAGAGUUAUGCGCCACACAAGAUGAAUACGGAUUAAUCUAUCAAGCCAUUUACGAAUAUAUUCAAGGUUUGUCAGAAUAUGUUAGCCUGAAUUAG